AAUCAGAACCAUAGGAUCUAGUUUCCAGUAUACCUGGUAUGCCGUGCAAACUCGUGAAGGCCUUUUCGCUCCAGCGAUGCGGACAAUCCCCACAAAACGUCGACCUUGAAUAUUGAUAUACAGAAAUUGCGUUGUUGAUCAGCCGAAAUUUGUGUGUUCAUACCACUAACCUACUCUACUCGUACCAUGACUGAUAACGAAUACGACAAAGCCGAGGAGAACGAGCCUGUGACGAUGGAGGAGCCGGGAGCGAUUACGCAACCGAACGCGAGAAAUCCCCGGAGACUGCACUCGGCGCAGUCUAGCGGGAUGGAAUCGUCAGUCUUGCGCUUCAAUCUCAAUUUCACGGUAGGAAGUAAAGGGAAGCAGAAGGCUAUUCUCUCCGACGUGGCCGCGACGGUCAAGUGGGGACACGUAUUGGCGAUUAUGGGGCCUAGUGGAGCCGGAAAAAGUGUAUUGAUUUCGGCAUUGACACUGGACGCCCUCUUUGGUCGGACUGAAGGAAGGGUUACACUCAAUGGCGUGCCUUUGACGGACAAGAUUUUCAAGUCGCACUGUUACACCGUCGUGCAGCUCGACCAACACUGGCCCUACCUGACCUGUCGCGAAACCCUGCGCUACGCGGCGGAGCUCUACGACGUGGCCGCCAAGGAAGACAUUGACGCCGUCGUGGACGAAAUUGUCCAGAAAAUGGGUCUCGACGUGUGCGUCGACACAAGAAACGCUCGUUUGAGCGGUGGUCAGCGUCGGCGUCUUUCGCUCGGUAUCGCGCUCCUCAAGCAGCCCACGUUGCUCUUCCUCGACGAACCGACCACUGGUUUGGACGCAGCCUCGGCGGAAAAUAUUAUGCAAGAAAUCGUCCGGGUGGCUAAAGAAGAGAAUUUGAUUAUUCUCUGUACCAUCCAUCAGCCAUCGACCAAGGUCUACCAAGGUUUCGACGAAGUCAUGGUAUUGUCGAAAGGCCGUGAGGCUUACACCGGGAACGUCAAAGAAUCCGUUCCGUAUUUCGAAAGCAUCGGCUACCCGCUUCCUCCGCAAACAAAUCCUGCCGAACACUUUCUCGAUAUGGUGAAUGCUGACUUCUCGGACGACGCUGAAGUUGACCGCAUUUUGGACACUUGGCAAGAAAAGCGUCCAGGCGCGGGCUCUUCGCAUCACAAAAAGGGAUUCGGUGGAGUCGACAACGAUGAUGAGGGUCAAGAGGGCGUUGCCGACGUCAAGCGCGCUCUCUUGCGCAAGGAAAUUAGUAUCAUGUUCAGUCGGCAUUUGAAACUCAUGAUGCGGGAUCCUGUCCUGUAUUCGGGCCGAGCGGUGAUAUUCUUUGUAGUUACUUUGCUUUUUUCACUGGUAUACUUGAACGCUCGAGACUAUUCUCAGGAUCAGGCUUUGAACAAAAUGUGGAUCGUACUUUGGCUGGUCUCGGUCCCAAGCAACAUGGGUGUCGUAGCCGUGUACGCUCUGAACGAAGAGUUCAAAUCGAUUCUUCGCGAGUCCAAGAACGGAAUGGCGAGUCCUCUGAGUUACGCCCUCGCUAAAACGGUUCUAGUGAUUCCCAUCAUGUUUGUUUUUGCUUUAUUCGCUCUGGUAAUUGCGUCAUUCGUCGUAAUCGACAUGCCUUGGGACACAUUCGGCGUUGCCAUCAUCAUCUACGCUGCCACCAUGUACGUCUUUGAAUGUGUCGCGGAAUGCCUGUCAGUAUGGUUUGAAAAUCCGAUCCUUGGAAUGCUCCAGUUUAUGAACUUUUGGUUUGGAUCCUUUCUGUUUGCCGGGUUCUUGAUCUCCAAGGAUGAUCUUUUCUGGCCCUUUACUUUGUUCUACUAUAUCAUGCCCUACGCCUACUAUCUCCGAAGUUCCAUGUAUAACUACCUGAAGGAUACGACUUUUGACUCGUGUGAGCCCGGCACGAGUGCAGGCGUGUGCGUCCAGUCUACGAGCGGAAGCGAUGUACUGGGUGGGAUCAACUUGGUAUACAAUGUCGUUGAGAAUGAGGACACGAUUAGUGCGGACAUUGCUACCCUGAUCGGUAUUGCAAUCUUCUAUAAAAUCCUGUAUAUUAUUGGAGUAGUCUACAAGUCGAGCCGUGUGACGACAAUCCACGAGGCGGCGAAGUAAAAGCUUGGAAAUAUAUGUCACUUACAUCGCGGUAUCUAUAAAACCUAAUCAAUAGUAUUUGGAAUAACGCAAGUGCUUGACCUCUCUCGUGGCUUCUA